CGUGGAUUCGCGUUCGCGCACGCUGCCUUCGGCGGCUUGCAUCGGUUCGUUUUCAUCUCGAAACAGAGAAAACCGAAAAUACACGGUUUGACGUAGAACGGGCGUUACGAAUGAGUCGCAAGGAGAUUCUUGGAAGAGCUUCGCUUUCGUUUCCCGCGGUCGACGGAAUUCUCGACGUGGAUCAAAUUCUGCAAACGGAUCCGUGGAAACAGAUUGACGAUUUCGUGCAACAAAACUUUACGCAAAACAUCUUAAACGAGUUUAACGAACGGCUGACCCUCGAACCGAAACUCACCCCCGCAGAUAAUACGACUCCGGAGAAAACACGAGCGACGUCAUCCAGGAGAUCACCUCGUAACAGUGGAGCGAGUCGAACGAACGAAGAAAAAUCGCCCAAGAAGAAAUUAGACGAUCAGCCGGUAGGUGGUGGUGCAAAACUAAACGAGCGUAAAGAAGAAAUCGCGAAAAAGAGUGGCAAGGCGAAAGUAUCGACGAGGAAAGAGCAGAAGCAGUUGGAAGAUGUCCCAAAAGUAACCGUCGAGAAAUCAAGAGCAACGAUACCCAAUAAAAGAAGCGGAGAGUGUGAAAACGAGAAAAAGGAGAGAAUCGUCGACGAUCCAUCCGAAACGAAAAAUACAGAUUCGAUGAACGAUCAAAUGGAAAAUACAGCAAAGGUCGUGAGCACGAAAUCCGUGAAUCCGUCGAAGAGCACGGAUUUAAAGUCACCGUUUAGAACAAGUACGCCGAGACGCGACGAAGAUUUCGAACAGGACAAUCUCACUGGCAAGCAGGCUAUCGCUAUUACGGAGCACAAUAUUUCGGCGUCUAAUUCUUCCGUGAAACGUAACGCUUCGACGAACGACUGCAACGCAAGAGAUGCUUGCGUGACAAAGGAUUUAAGCAACAACAAUAACACCGAUUCUAAGAAGGACGAGAGUAAGAAAAAAAAGGUAAGAUGCAAGCAUAAAAAGAAGAAGAAAGUAACGAAAGAGAAGAAGCCCGAAAGUAACAAAAUAUCGGACGUAUCGAUAAAGACAAGGUCGAGAUGCAAGAAACACGAUAAACAAAUGGCAAUUACAGAGACGAAGCAGAUCGGUAAAGAGAAGCAUUUACUGAAACAACGCCGAAGACGUUACAAAGGAAAGAUACGACGGAUCGAAAGAAAGGUAGAUCGGGCCAUGGAAACGUAUAUUCAUCACGUCACACGUAUAAUUAAGAAAAUAGGUUAUUUACCAGAAGACAGUUCGUGCUCCGAUGACAACGACAGUUAUUCCGAUUUCUCCAACGAAUCGUCUUACUGUAGUUCCUAUUGUUCCGAUAGUUGCUGUUCCUAUUGUUCCAAUGGUUGCUAUUCCUCUUGCGAUUACUCAGAGUACUCUCUGUUUUCUUGUUCUUGUUCUUCUUCUUCCUCUUCCCCUUGUUCCUCUCCUUCUUCUUCUUCUGCGCGUGGACUCAUGUUCCGGUCGAAGGCGAAAUGAAUACACUACGGAUUAAUGAUUUGUCGAACAAAGUUUUUACAAAUGAGAUUAAUGUUGAUAGAUCGUUAAUUUUCUUAUAACGUCGUUUAUCUUUACAUCCAAUUUAUCGAGUUAACGUGAAAUUAUAUGUACGUGGAUGUUUGUACGAAUGAGAGGUAUAUAAAUAAAGAAUUUGUUACGUAUUCCCGAAAA